AUGCAGUUCUCUAUCUCCACCCUCGCUCUUGCUAUGGCUUGCAUCUUCAAUGUUGGGCAAGCAGCUUCUAUCCCAGUUGGGGCUGAAAUCGAGGCCCGCGGACUUGAUAAACGCGACCAGUACACGCACUGCGCGUGCCAGUUCUCCUCUGGAUCUGGCAUUGAUGGUUACACUACCACACGUGUCGUUGGCUUCAAUGAUUACAGAUGGAAAUUGGAUAUCGUGGAGACUCAGCGCGGCGAUUGGGGCGCUCACUUUACUGGGUAUUAUGCUUACGCAAGGUCUGGCUUUGUCGAUGGAAAAGCUUUCUACAAUGAGUGUUUGCAGAAUGGUGGUGGCGACUCGACCUGCUUUGGUAGGCAGUAG